UUUUUAUCAAUUUAACUUGAAAACAUAUCCUAUUGCAAUAGUUACAGAAUGAAAUGAAGAGAACCCCAUCAAACUGAUCCAAGAUAUUUCAUGGACGCAAUAUACUUUAACCCGGAAUCCCGAUUGGAACAACUACCCACUUUUGUAUUUUUGAUACAAAGAAAAAUGGCACAUAUGUCUCCAGCUUGUCUCUUCCAGAAGCCUUGCAACAGCCUGAAAAGCAAGAUUUCAUUCUGCAUUUAAAAUAAAGGUAUCGAGACACAAUGAGCUCAAGUUCUGUUGGUGAUUCACCAGGUGAACAGAAUGACAAGCCACAGAAGAAAACUCCAAAUGAUUUUGUGUUUGGAAAAGUUAUUGGUGAAGGAUCAUUUGCUACAGUCUAUCUUGCAAAAGAAAUCAGUACAGGAGCAGAAUUUGCAAUUAAAGUAUUGGAGAAGAAGCACAUAAUGCGUGAACGCAAGACAGAGUAUGUGAUGCGAGAGAAGGAGGUCUUGAUGAAGCUCAACCACCCUUUCUUCAUACGGCUUUACUUCACCUUCCAGGAUGUGGACAGACUCUACUUUGUGUUGAACUAUGCUCGUCGAGGUGAAUUAUUGGACUACCUCCACCGCCUGUCCUCGUUUGAUGAAGACUGCUCCCGUCACUACACAGCAGAGAUUGUCAAGGCUCUCGAGUACCUCCAUGGAGUAAACAUUGUACACAGGGAUUUAAAACCAGAAAACAUUCUCCUAAAUGAUGAAAUGCACAUUCAGAUUACAGACUUUGGUUCUGCUAAAAUAAUCAAAGGGAACACAGACAAUUCCCAGAAUGAAGAAAAUGAGCCCAAGCGGAAGAACUCCUUUGUUGGUACAGCCCAGUAUGUGUCCCCAGAAGUGCUUACCAGUAAACAUGCCAGUAAAAGUUCUGACUUGUGGGCUCUGGGCUGUAUACUUUACCAGUUUUUGUCUGGAGAACCACCCUUUAGGGGAGGGCAUGAGUACCAAAUAUUUCAAAAGAUAACAAAGUUAGAAUAUGAAUUUCCAGAAGGCUUUAGUCCUGUUGCACGAGAUUUAGUAGAAAAAUUAUUAGUAUUGGAACCGGACAAGCGGCUGGGUAGUGAUGAGACUGGUGGGUUUGAGCACCUGAAGGGGCACGGGCUCUUUAAGGGUGUGGACUGGGACAAUAUUGAGACAUCCAAGCCCCCAGAGCUGGUACCGUACCUCCCUGCCACCGCCAGUAACCCAGAGUCCUGCUGGAGCACUAUGAAGCCUGGCCUUACAGACAAAAGAAUUGGUGAAAUAUUAACCUCACACUUUAUCACAGAGGCAGAGAGGAAGGAGCGUUUAGAGCACCAGGCACAAACUAACGAGUAUCACAAAUUUACAGAGGGCCAUCUCAUCCUGAAACAAGGGCUUAUUGAUAAACGCAAAGGCUUGUUUGCGCGAAGGCGAAUGUUUCUGCUAACAGAAGGCCCCCAUCUCUACUAUGUAGAUCCAUCCAAUAAGGUUCUCAAGGGCCAGAUUCCAUGGUCCAAGGAUCUUAAAACUGAGCAAAAGAACUUUAAAAUAUUUUUUGUACAUACACCAAAUCGAACAUACUACCUAGAAGAACCCCAAAAACGAGCAGUAGACUGGUGCAAGGAAAUAGAUAAAGUUUGUGAGAUGUACUACGGAAAAUGAGAAACCAGCCUUUACAAACUGGACACAAAAAAAUGUUGAUAUUAAGAAUAGAUACUAGAAGCUGUUUUCUUGGCUAAAGAUCCAGUGUUUGAUGCAGAUUUUUCAAUUAUGGCAUCCUGUCAUUGUGCAGAAAAAAACAGUGAUAAAAUGUGCUUAUUCCAAAUUGCAUUCAGUUUCAUUCAGUUUUGUUUUAUCAAUUUGAAACUGAAAGAAAUAUAAGUCCAUUUAUUUUGUACAUACUGUGAUACAGGACCAUCAGAAUUACAAUAUUAUGUAAACUAGUUCGGAAAUAAGGUCUUGUUUGGAACUUUUAAUAUAUUCAGACAAGCAAUUGUUUAAUCAGAGUUCCUGAAGAAAUUGUGGGAUAGUAUUGAUGGCUCUGUAGAAAAAACAACAUUACAUAUUAUUAUGCCCCCCUUCGAAGAAGAGGGGUAUAUUGCUUCGCACAUGUCGGUCCGUCGGUAGACCAAAGCUUGUCCGAGUGAUAACUCAACAAUUCCUGGGCAUAUGGUCAUCAGUGACCUUUAAUGGUAAAAUAAUUUCAAAGCUUGUCCGAGUGAUAACUCAACAAUGCCUAGACUUUUGGUCAUCAAACUUGAUAUCGAAGUUGGGCCUGACCAGUAGAUGACCCCUAUUGUUUUUGGGGUCAUCAGGUCAAAGAUCAAGGUCACUGUGACCUUGAAUGAUAAAAGGUUGUCCGAGUGAUAACUCAACCAUGCCUGCACCCAUUGCCCUCAGACUUGACUUGGAGGUUGGGCCUGACCAGUAGAUGACCCCUAUUGAUUUUAGACUGUGACCUUGAAAGUAAACUCGACAAGUACUGGAUCUAUGGUCAUCAAACUUGACAUGAAGGUUGGGCCUGACCAGUAGAUGACCCCUAUUGACUUUGGGGUCAUUGGGCAAAGGUCAAGGUCAUAGUAACUUUUAACACAAGAAACUUAACAAAUCUUCUCCCAGUGAUAUCUCAGCAAUGCAUCAACCUAUGAUUAUCAAACUUAACAUGGAAGCUGGGCCUGACCAGUAGAUGACCCUUAUUGAUUUUAGGAGUCAUCGGGUCAAAGGAUAAGGUCACAGUGACCUUGAAUGCGAAAAUUUUGUUCGAGUGAUAACUCUACAAUGCCUGCACCCAUGGCCCUCAAACUUGACUUGGGGUUGUGUCUGACCUGUAGAUGAGCCCUUUAGGGCUUAUGAUUUUAGGGGUCAUCAGGUCAAAGGUCAAGGUCACAGUGACCUUGAACAAAAAAAGCUUGUCUGUUUGAUAACUUGACAAUGCUUGCACCCAUGGCCCUCAAAUUUAACAAUUAGAUUUUUGGUGACCAGCUGAUGACUCUUACGGAUAUUUAGGUCAUAGAGUCAAAGGUCAUGGUCAUAACACACUCUAUCCUCACACUUUGAAUGGUCAUAAUCUUAAAACUGCCUCAAAAGCAUCCAAUGGCAGUGAAAAAUCAGCUGUCAUUUCAGUCCAUGCAUAUUUCAUUCAAUUGUACAUAUAAUCCUGACAACAAUGGGGGGGGCAUAAUGUUUGACAAACAUCUCUUGUUUUAAUUAUGCAUUUUUAACUCUCCCAAUUUCAAGUCUGAAAUUGUUAAACAAACUUUAUAUACUGUAAUAGAGAACAAAUUUGCAAUUGUCAUUGUUCCAUUUGAAAUGUAUUCCCUGACCAUGACUUCAAUCAUGAGACCUUGAUGAAAACUUCUGAAUAUGUUUCAUAUUAGCUUUGUAAGUAUGCCCACACUACGAGGAGUGGGUGCAUACACAUAAGCCGCCUGCCCUGUCACGGACAGCCAGAGUGAUAAAACUUGACGGCAAUGACAAUCAGUAUGUGAGGUUGUAGGCCUGGGGUUUUGUGUGUGAAUUCACUCAGGAAAUGCAGAGGUAUGGUCUUUGACCUGGUAGGCUUUAUAGCACGCAUGUGUCAUGCAUAGCUCCCAAAUAUAUGAGCUAGUCACAAAACAGGUAUGUUAAACAGCACAUGAAGUUUUGGAUCUGGGGUUUGUAGGUCGCUUCGCCCAAUAAGUGCAGAGUUGUCGCCCUUGGUUUUGUGAAAAACUGGCAUUUAAAGAAUGCAAUAUUGUGCCGUGCAUUUCUCCAAAAGUAUGAGAGCCGGAUUGAUGAAACUUCAAAGUGUUAAUGAGUAUGGGGUAUAGUGUGUGACUGCCACCAGUAAGGUUAGAGUUAUGGCCCUUGACUUAGUCAAAAGUAUGAAACCUGGAAUCUUGAUGUCACAUCUAUCUCAAUAAGCUUAUUAGUCAGAGUCAUGAAACUUGGAAGGAAUGUGAACAAUGUCUUUCGCAAUGACAGGACUACUUUAUGGUGGAAAGACUAGUGUUGCCUUUCCAUGCACUCAUUCAUUUGUUGUGCAACUGGUUAUUUUAAGAUGCAUAUUGGGCGAAAUACUGGCCCUUGCUUUUGUGGCAAUGACGGGAAGUGAGGGCAUCUGUGUCCUAUAUACACAUUUAUAGUUUUUGAAUAAGAAACUUAGGCAUUUAACCUUUUUCAUUUCUGUGGUAGCAGACUAGUAGAAAUAACGUGAUUUGGAAUAUCUUUAUAGUAAAAUUGUUAAUGCCAUUUCAAAUUGUUAAAAAGGUACCUGGUACUGGAAACUAUAAUAUCAUACAAGGUUAUGGCAUGUUUCAACGUUUUUACCAGAUUAUUUAUAUUUUAUAAAUCUACUGCAGCUCUUUAUGUCAUGCAAUACAGCACAUUGUUGGAUCUCUUGAACAUUACAUAGUGUUACUGUGAUAGAUCAAAAAAAAUCAGAAGGCCUGGUAAUGUUUGGUAUAAACACUAAGUUUCAGUAAUCCGUUGCUAAUAAUGUAUUGUUGCAUUUAGUAGAUGGUUAUCGGACAGAUCGUUCUAGUAUCUCCAGGGUUUUUAAGGGGUUUUACCCAAAAUUUGACGUACUUGUCCUUUUUUGCUCAAAAAUUAAGGCCAGUUCUCUGUUGACCAUGUUUUGCUACCAUAUGUAUUAACACUGUUUAUGGGUACUAUGUCUCUGUAAAGGUCAAAAGCAAACACGGCCACUAGCGCAUACUGGACAUUAAAUAAUUCCAAAUGACUUCUGUCCACUCUCUUAACCUAAGAAAUUCAUUUCUGAUCAACAAACUUGGCCGGUCACUGUGUGCUGCUAAUCUUAAUAUCUCACUACUUGAUAUCGGCCAUAAUAUCACUGUACAUGUAGAUCCAUCAAACCAUGGCCGCAGAAUUCCGUGCAUAAAAAAAGAAUAUCGUCCGAUCUUUAUCUAAUAUGAUAACACUGAUUGUGUAGGAAUAAUUCCUCAAAUAGCCUCAGAGUUACGGUCCUUGAGUUAUCCGUAAUACAACGUCCUGAUAACUCAUCGGAUGAACCUAGAAGCCUUUCUCAUGUUUCUGUUCACAUGUACAUGUCUACCAGUAUUCUAAACUCGAGAAAGAUUCAGACAAACCAUGACUAUGAUUACCAUUGCGUUAUGUACUCAUUUCUUCAAGUUUGGCAUUAUGAUAUUUGUUGACGUACAUUAUUUUGAAUAAAUAUACUAUUCUGUAUU